AGAGAUAAGAAAGAUAGAGAGACUGUUGUUGGGAUCUUCUCCAACAAGUACUAGUUUAUUAAGACAAGACAAAAGGUGAUUGUGAUAAAGUUGUACUUUAAAGCUUUUGGGUGCCUCCUGCCUCCCUUAAUACACUAUCAAACAUCUCUUGUAUCUCCUUCAGCACUAUACCUCUCCCUCUCUCUCUCUCUCUUUCUCUCUCUCCGUCUCUUUCUCUCUCUCUUCAUUGAGUACUUCUUUUUCUUAGGAUAAUAUUAAUGGAGGGAGGAAAAGUGAAAUCCUUAGCAAACGGAGAUAAGAAGAGAAGGUUCACAAGAAUAUGUGUCUACUGUGGAAGCAGAGCUGGAUACAAAUCUGCAUUUAGUGAUGCUGCUCUUGAGCUUGGUAAACAGCUGGUUGAAAGAAAGAUAGGUUUGGUUUAUGGUGGAGGGAGCAUAGGCCUAAUGGGAUUGGUCUCUAGGACUGUGUUUGAUGGAGGCUGCCAUGUUCUUGGAGUGAUUCCAACUGUUCUUUUGCCUCAUGAGAUUUCAGGAGAUACAGUUGGAGAAUUGAAAGCAGUAGCUGACAUGCACCAAAGGAAAUCAGAAAUGGAAAAACAUGCAGAUGCCUUCAUUGCAUUACCUGGUUUGUUCAACAAGAAACUCCCACUUUCACCAUUGUCUCUCUCACAUAUAUAUAGAUAUUUAUAUAAAGUGAAAAAGUACAAUGUUUUAUUAGGUGGUUAUGGAACCAUGGAAGAACUGUUGGAGAUGAUAACAUGGUCUCAGCUUGGAAUUCAUGACAAACCAGUGGGAUUGUUGAAUGUGGAUGGUUACUAUAACAGCUUGAUUGCCUUGUUUGAUAAAGGAGUAGAUGAAGGCUUCAUAGACCAUUCUGCUAGACAUAUUUUGGUAAUAGCAAAUACAGCUGAAGAUCUCAUCAACAAGAUGGAGGAGUAUGCAUCUGUACAUGACAAUGUUGCACCCAGACAAAACUGGGAAGGAGAUCAAUUAUUAGAGUCUACACAAAGUGGAGAUGUCCAAAGAUCUUAGAUCUCAAUUAGGAGUGAGCAUCGAUCGGUUUAGGCGGUUUUUUCAUAACAUAAAAUCCAGAAUUCGGUUUUCAGUCCGGAUUGGUGCAAUCCAAAAACCGACCGACCAAACCAGUUAAAAGAAAAAACCGA